AUGUCAUCUAUUCUGUGCAAGAGGUGGUUUAUUUCUGAAGAUCUCCCGCAACGGAAGAGGAUCCGGCUUUCUUCUUCUUCUUCGUCGAGUUCUCCAGUUCAUCCAUGUCCUUCGGCACUUGUGGAUCAGCUCAGAUUUCUCUUUCCUGAUACGGAUAUUCAGGAUCUUGUAAGAAUUCUGAAUGAAUGCGGUAAUGUUUUGGAUUCCGCUGUCAAGAGCAUACAUCAUGAAUUAAAUGCAUCAAAACACAUGAUUCAUAAGCAGAACAUUAUGAUAGAAAAAAUUGAAGCAUUGACGAGGGACAACACUAUUCUGAAGAGAGCAGUUUCGAUUCAGCAUCAAAACCAUACAGAAUCCGAAGAUGAUAAGAAACGGGAAGUUGAAAAUCUUAAACAGAUCAUAUCCCAAUAUCAGGAGCAGAUGAGAACCCUUGAGAUGAACAAUUAUGCGCUCAAAAUCCAUCUCCAACAAGCGCAACAAGGAAGAGACUCCAUUCCCGAUCGUUUUCAUCCCCAUAUAUUUUAA